GCCACACCCGGACCUUAUCCGGUUUUCUUUUCAUCCAUUAGAUCAGGCCAUCGAAUUUGCAAAACUGCUUGAGUCAAACAAAGUUUUCUGUGGGUUUCGCUCAAGGGCCCAUAACGGGGUGAAGACACCCUCAUUCCCCGCCACGGAACGCGGCCCGGGUCCGUCUUCUCCCCGUCUGCCAAGAACCCGGACAUGCCGGACUAUGAUUCGUUGGACAUUUCUUAUCACCUGAAGUGCAAUGAAAUAAAUAUCGUUGUCGCUGGGUGCAGUUUCUGGUAUCAUUAAAAUCAUCUUAAAAGACAAUCAAAAUGGCAGCAUCUCAGAGCGAUUCCAUCAUCAUCGUGGGAGCCGGUGUAUUCGGCCUCUCAACCGCCCUGGAGCUCAACAAACGAGGAUACGCCAACAUCACCGUUCUCGAUCGAUACGUCCCCCCUGUGGUAGACGGAAGCAGCGUGGAUAUCUCCCGCAUUAUUCGCAGUGACUAUGCCGACCCGGUCUACAACAAGAUGGCCCGCGAGGCAAUUCAAGGCUGGUCAACCGAGUACAAGGACAUGUACCAUGAGUCCGGGUAUGCGUUGCUCGCUGAAACACCGGGACACAGCUACAUUGAGAAGUCAAAGGCAAUGAUACGUUCAGCCGGUGGUGAGGUAGAGGAUAUGCCGGAUGCGAGUAAGCUCCGCAGCUUCUACUCCGGCGUGCAGGCAAAUUUGGCUGGCAUGAAUGGAUAUCUGAAUCGAGUUGCUGGCUGGGCGGAUGCCGCGGGGAGUAUCCAGAAACUGGCAUCGAAGUGCAGUGUGGUCGGUAUUACCUUGAUCACCGGGCCUCGGGGGACGGUGCGUUCUCUACGUCGAGAAGGAUCGCGCGUUGUCGGCGUCAACCUUGUCGGAGGCGGACAUCUGCUCGCGUCGAGAGUCAUCCUCAGCACUGGCGCCUGGACUCCCCGACUCCUACAUAUCCCUCACGCUGCGUCUUCAUCCGGCCAACCUGUCGGAUUCAUCCAGUUGACUCGCGAAGAGGCACGCAGAAUUGAAAACACCCCCGUCAUGAUCAACAUGACAACAGGAGUGUUCUCUUUCCCACCCACACCGGGUAGCAACAUUCUCAAACUCGCCCGCCACGGAUUUGGCUACCAAUCCGAGGUGAACGUCGAGGUAGACGGCGCGCGUCAAUCCACCUCAUCCCCGAAAAUCGACAGCAGCAAUGCCCAGUCGGGAUUUCUCCCCGAUGAUGCGGAUGAUGCGCUCCGACAGGGACUGCGUCAGCUGUUCCCGGAAUUCGGGGAUCGGCCGUGGAUGAACCGUCGUCUUUGCUGGUAUACUGAUACCCCAGAAGGAGACUUUAUCAUCGACAACCAUCCGAGUAUGGAGGGAUUGUUUGUGGCUACUGGUGGAGCGGGGCAUGCGUUUAAAUUCCUCCCAGUUCUGGGUAAAUACAUUGCAGACUGCUUUGAAGGCAAAGCCUCCGAGGCAUUGCGGAAGAAGUGGCGCUUGCGUCUUCCACACGAGUCUAAGGGGUCAAUCAUGGCUGGUGAUGGCAGCAGAGGAGGACCGCCGCAGAGGAAGCUCACUGUCUUGGAGCAGGCCAAGCUUUAGGGGUGGCGAAGAUACGAUGUUUUUUUUAUGGAUUUAUGAAAAUACUUCUAGGACACUGCACUCGAUUACAUGACAUCGAAAUGAAUCAAUUUUCUCUCGCUCGUCAGUUACGCGGUCCAGUAACGUGUUCCUUGAUCAACUCUACAUCUCUUCCUUCAUCAAGUCCGACAGUCGCUCUGCGAUGGCGUAUAGGUUACUCAUUGGAUGACCACACAGCUGAAGGGGAUGAAUAGAAGCAUCCACAACCCGCAGAUUGGUCGUGCCGUAGACCUUCAACUUGUUGUCGACUACACCUCCCAUAGACCGCGGCAGCAUAGCGGCAGUUCCAAUAGGGUGGUAGUUUGGUGUAU